AUGGUGAAUCAAGAAAGAAAUACAGAGGCCACCGAUGAUGCAAUGUCAUCGUCUUUGGACAACAAUCUCUCUCUCCCCAUGGACAUCAUCUUCGACAUUCUCAAUCGUCUCCGUGUCAAAUCUCUCCUUCGAUUUAGGUGCGUAUGCAAAACCUUCCGCCAACUCAUCUCUAACCCUACCUUCAUCUCCUCCCACCUCCUCCACCAUCGCACCCCCACCACCACCGCCAUCGCAACCAUUUUCACCUUCAAACACCGCACCGCCACCUCCCUCUCUCUGUUACAAUCACCCUCAUCGUCUCAAAACCCUAUCAAUCUGGUGACUCCUGAUGUUCAUUUUCAUGAAGAUUUGGGAUUGGAUAGCUUAGACAAUAUGCAGAUUGUAAUGGCUCUAGAAGAGGAGUUCAAGCUAGAAAUUCCAAAUAAAGAAGCUGAUAAGAUUGGCUCAUGUUUUCUUGCAAUUGAGUAA